AGAGACUGAAGUGUGUUGAAGAUGUCCAGGAAACCUCCGAGCAGACGUGGUAUUACUUUUGAGGUGGGCGCAAGGCUUGAAGCACGUGAUAGACUGAAGAAAUGGUACACGGCGCACAUCGAGAAGAUUGAUUACGAAGAGGGGAAGGUGCUGAUUCAUUUCAAGCGCUGGAAUCAUCGAUACGACGAAUGGUUUAGCUGGGACAGUGUGUACCUUCGGCCUUUAGAGAGACCGCUGCUGCGGAAAGAGGGGGCGAAGCUGGAUGAGCCCAUCGUGGAGUUCCGCCCCAGUGAACAAGUGUUGGCCUGCUGGUCUGACUGUCGCUUCUACCCAGCUAAAGUUAUAUCAGUCAACAAGGAUGCUUCAUACACGGUGGAAUUCUACGAUGGCGUUGUGCAGACUGUGAAGAAAAUCCACGUCAAAUCUCUUCCCAAGAGCUCGCGGGACAAGAAUGCUGCAAGUGGUAGGAAUAAAGAAAAUGGCUCCGGCAGUGCAAGACAAAGGGAGAGGUUACGGGACAGGGCUCCCUCAUCCCUUGCGGAUGAGCGGGUCAGGGAGAACAAGAUUGUGGAGAAGAAGGAGGAAGAGGCCAAGCCAGCUGUGCCUGAAGUGGAGCAAAAGCCUUCUCCCGAAGCCUCUCGGGAGCAGGCUGAGCAGCCAAAGAGCUCGCCAGAGGCACCGUCGCAGAAGAGCUCUCCAUCUUCCAGUGAGCUGGGAAAACCAGAGGAGAAGAGAAAGCGCGGGAGGCCUCCGUCUGUGGGGCUAGCAGGCAGCCAUUCUAAAGGGGCUGCACGUCAGAACGAUCGCAAACCACUUCCACCACACCAAGGAGGCUCGGGAACUGGGAAGAGGAAGUCUGCCUCAGAUGUCUCAUUGCAGCCAAAGCACACCAGGCUUAGCAAGACCGCAGGCCCGCGGCAGUCCACGGGUGAGCAAGGACAGAGCCAGGCCAGAAGGAGGUCUUUACGUCUCGCUUCUGGGGACAGCAACUCCUCGUCGAUGGGUGGCCAGGCCGAGGGAGCAGAGACACGGAGCAAGACCAAGGAGCAGGAGAAGGUCGAGCAAGCAGCAGCAGGAUCUGAACCCUCUGCCCAGGUACAACAGGCUCCUUCUAUCAAAGCGCAGUGUUCCUCAGACACUGCCCCCAAAACCUCCACAUCCGAGGCCGUUACAAGCCCUAAGCACCAAACCGGUGAAGCAGCCACGCUGAGUUCCUCAGUGCCGAGCGCGGAGCCGAAGGCUCCUCCCAAGGAAGCUGCUCCAGUUGUGAAGCGUGUGCCACGAUCCCAGAACCCAAACAGAUACAGUAGGGAACCCUUGACGAGCAGCACUCCGAAUCCCGAGAACCACCUACCCCCCAAGGCGCUGAUCAUCGAGCUGGACCACAACAAGUUCAAGUGCAAGAUCCCAGAGUGCUCGAAGGCCUUCCGCAAGGCCAAGAUGCUGCACUACCACAUGAAGUACUACCAUGGCAUGGAGAAGGCCGAGCCGGAUCCCAGCUCCCCGAAAAGGAGCAUGCAGACACGGGGUUCCUGCGCAUCGGAGAGCGACUCGCUGCUGGACAGCCCCAAGCGACGGCGCACCACCUCGGGCUGUUUACAAUGGUCGCAGCAAGCGUCUCACAGGGGCUCGCAGUCCUCCAGCGCUGAGCUCCCACCUGGCAGGCUGGCGGAGAAACGGCGGGUAUCGACACCAUCCUCCCUGGACGUCGCGGCACAGUCCAGGCUCUCGGUCCGUGAGAAGACGAAGGAUAGUCCGACCGAGAGGUCGCAUCAGAAGCUGCAAGACCGGGAAAGCGGGUCACGGGAGAGGAGCAAAGAGAAGAAGCUGCGCGAUUUUCUGAAGGUCAAGCUGAAGAAAAAGAAGAAGAAGAAAAAGAAGUCCAAAUGUGAGUUUUCUGGCAGUGAAGAGAACGUAGAUGUCUCCAGAGAUUUCCCACCGAAAAAAUCCACGUUCCCUUCAACCAGAUCGUCGUCCUCUUACAAAUAUCCCUUCUCUCAUAAAUAUACGUCCUUACGCAGUUCUGACUCUGGAUACUACAUAGAAGGGCUGAAAUUUGAUGACAUUUCAGAUGACGACCCAACGAGUGACUCUUCGACGGACAGCCUGCUGUGGAGCGAAGACGACUACAGUCAGGACGUGGAUGUGACCACGAACCCCGAUGAGACUGGCGAUGGCGACGACAGCCAAUUAGAAAUUGUACGCUGCGUCUGUGAGGUGGAGGAAGAGAACGAGUUCAUGAUUCAGUGUGAGGAUUGUUUGUGCUGGCAACACGGAGUCUGCAUGGGCCUACUGGAGGACAGCGUGCCUGAAACCUAUACUUGUUAUAUCUGCAGGGACCCACCAGAUCACCGUUUGAGCUCCAGGUACUGGUACGACAAGGAGUGGCUAAGCAGUGGCCAUAUGCAUGGCCUGACGUUUGUAAAAGAGAAUUAUUCCCACCAGAACAGUGGGAAGAUCAUUUCGACACACCAGCUACUGGGGGAUGUCCACAAGGUGAUCGAGGUGUUGCAUGGCUUGCAGCUGAAGAUAUACAUCCUACAGAAUAAAGACCAACCGGACCUGAAGUUGUGGUGCAAACCGUGGAGAAUCUCCUCAAUGGCCUUUGAGAAGCUGAGGGAGAGGCAGAGUGCGCCCAGCGAGGACAGCAAUAGCACGGUCAGUGCCAGUGCCAGCACACCGUGCCAGGCACAGAACGGCACAGCUGAGCGGCAGAGCAGGCUCCCCAUGAUCGAGGAGUCCUACAUCACCAACGAGCACUGUUACCAGAAGCCUCGGGCCUACUACCCAGCAGCAGAGCAGAGGUUGGUGGUGGAGACCCGCAACUCCACGCUGGAUGAAGGGAUCGGGAGGAUGAGGGAGAACGGAGACGAGACUCUGGCCGAGAGAUUCGGGCGGAAUCUCGACGACGACUCGGGCAGAUCUGACAUUGAGUUUUGCCGAGAGGAAACCAGUUCCUGCAAGGUCCGUGGCAGCAGCGGUGACACCUCCCCUGAGACAGAGCAGGAGAAAGAAAGCUCCGAGCUGAAGGAAGGUGGGAAUGAAGGGCCCGGUGACCCUCAGCUGCAGUGGCAGGUCAACCUACUGACCCACAUCGAGUCGUUGCAGGACGAGGUCUGUCAUCGCAUGGACUUCAUUGAGAGAGAGCUGGACGUUCUCGAGAGUUGGCUGGACUAUUCUGGUGAGCUGGAGCCACCUGACCCGCUGACCCGACUGCCUCAGCUCAAACACCGAAUGAAGCAGCUCCUCACUGACCUGGGCAAAGUGCAGCAGAUAGCUUCCUGCUGCCCCGUGUGAGACACACCAGGCACCCCCAAAGGACCAUUUGACCACCAGGACAUCGAGGCAGGGUCAGAGGUCGGUCAGCUUCAACAGCAGGAACGUGGCCGAAGGAUUACCGGGCUGUCAUGUGACUGGCCUUCACUCGGUACCGCGAGAUGAAUCUCGACUCCAGUUUCUGUUUGUAUUUCUUGUUCGGGGUUCUGGCCAUGCUCUGGUUGUUCUGACAGGGGAAGGGGGCUGACCACAAGCCUCCGUUCCAGUGAACCCGAGUCCAUCAUCUGUCUGCCCGUCUCCUGCUUGCUUUCACUCUUUUGGAACACUGUCAAGAGGGCAAGUCACCAUCCGGACAUUUUAGAGAGAAAAGGCUUUUUUUUUAAAGAAAACAGAAAAGUUGCAAAGAAUUAUUGGUGUAUUUAAAAUUUCCACGUUGACUCACCUUUGUCGUUUUGUUUUCUGGUUGAAGGAUAGAUCUCUCCUUGUGUUUUUUCAGGAAGAGGUCCUGGCCUGCUCUGAGCUGUAACAGAGUGGGUUUCCUGAGCGGCCUCUGGAGAGCUAUUGCAUAGACCAGCCAGGACUGAUUGUUUUAUGUCAAUUCUUCAGAGUUGUUCAUGCAAUCUGUAAUUGUUAAUUUAAUCCACCCAGGGUUGCAAAGUUUUGAUCUCACCCCUUUCAAAAGCACCUAAUAGUUUAUUAUUUCCCAAUUACAUCAGCUCCGUCGUUGUAGGGGGAGGUAGAAAGGCUGACUGUUUCUGCUUCAUGUUAAUGCUGUGUAAACAAAUGGGUUUUCAAUGAACCAAUGCAUCUUCCAUCGUGUGUGUCAGAGGGAGGGAGGGAGUCACGGCCCAAGCUCGAUGUUUUACUGAUGAUUCAUUCUUCUCAACUCCUUUGAAUAUUCUCCCCAAACCAGGCUGUGUCCACUCCCACAGGGGACAAUGUGAAGCUACCCAAGUGGUGACUCCAUUAUGGCAGUUAGCGUAAAGUAUAUACGCAAAUGUACAGUCAGGUUGGUGUGGAGGAACAGGAGGAGACCAUUCAGCCUCCCCUCGAGCCUGUUCCACACCACUGUGUCUAGUCUGUUCCUUAACACCAUACCCCCACUGUCUGGCUGUGUAACCCUUGCCUAACAAAAACUUGUCGACAGUUGAGUUAAAUAUUGCAGAUGCUGGCAAUCCGAAGUAAAAACCAACAUUGCUGGGAGCACUCAGCAGAUCAGGCAGCAUCAUUUGAGAGAGAGCAACAGCGCGGACAUUUCAGGGAGGUGACCUUUCAACAGAACUGAAUCUACUAGCAGUCAGGUGAUGUUCCAUUUUAAUUUUGGUCUAUAAAGAGAAGAGACAAUAGAUUUUCCCCAGAAAGGGAUACAUGUCCCUCUGUCUUUCUGCUGUGCAGGUGCUGGCUGAACAAUACAUAUCCACAUUUUCAGUUCUUUGCAGAUUCCUAAGAGAUUAAUUUGAGUGCUGCAGUCCUAAGAUAUGGAACUCGCUUUAACUGCCAGUGGCUAAGAAAGGAUUGCCAACUCAGGGGCAUAACAUGGUUUGCAGGAAAGGACACUGAGCGAGGAGUAAAUCACUGGCCCACUCUCUUCCCAUUCUCUGAUAAACUCAACAGAACUCCCCUCCUGACCUAUCUGUCUGUUUCUCUCCUCUGUCUCUCUUUCUUGCCCUCUCUUUCUUGCCCUCUCUUUCUUGCCCUCUCUUUCUC